AUGAAAAGGAAAGAAGGGCAACCUAUAUAGAAAGCUUUAAACUCACUCUCUCUUUUUCUAUCUGUUUCAUAUAGAGUAUAUGCAGAGGUUGAAGAUAUAGUUGUUGCAUAAAGCUAAGAAAAACUCGAGAAAUACAAGUUCUUAAGCUACCUGCAACCAAUCUGUUUCCUCAAGAAAACCCCAUCUCACCAAAUCCUCCAAAAAUUAAUAAUCAAAUCGAUAGAAAUCCACUUCGCCGGAAAACGUCUUUUAGUUCGGGGAUGAAGCACGGUGGCCGGAAGAACAGUAAUCUCUCUGUUUUUGUGGUGGUUUUCUCUGUGUUUUUGUUUGGUUGUUUUAUGUAUAAUGAGGAUGUGAAGUCCAUUGCUGAGUUUCCUUUUUCGAGGCCUAGAGUUCAAGAAAAUCAAGGGAGUGUUGAUGGGUUGAGAACAGGGGAGUCUGGGAAAAGCAAUGAGCCAGUGAGUUUGAAAGUAAGUUCUGUGAAGGAGAAAGAUGAGGAUCGUGUGAUUGAGCCAUCAGUUGUUUUUGUUGAAGAGCAAGAAGAUGAAGAUGAUGAGGAGAUUGAGUUGCCGCCGGAAGAUUGUGAUCUUUUUAGCGGUCGGUGGGUUUUUGAUAAUGUGACACAUCCUCUGUAUAAGGAAGAUGAGUGCGAGUUCUUGACGGAGCAAGUGACUUGUAUGAGGAAUGGAAGGCAAGAUUCUUUUUAUCAAAAUUGGAAGUGGCAGCCUAAUGACUGUUCUUUGCCCAAGUUUAAACCAAAAUUGUUACUAGAGAAGUUGAGGAACAAGAGGCUUAUGUUUGUUGGAGAUUCAUUGAAUAGAAACCAAUGGGAAUCUAUGAUUUGUUUUGCUCAGUCUAUUAUUCCUCCUGGAAGAAAAAGUUUGAACAAGACUGGGUCUCUCUCUAUCUUUAGAAUUGAGGAUUAUAAUGCCACAGUAGAGUUUUAUUGGGCUCCCUUUUUAGUCGAGUCAAAUUCGGAUGAUCCGACAAUGCAUAGCAUACUGGACAGAAUCAUCAUGCCUGAAUCAAUUGAAAAGCAUGGCAAAAAUUGGAUUGGAGCGGAUUAUUUGAUCUUCAACACUUACAUUUGGUGGAUGAAUACUUUUUCAAUGAAAGUUCUAAAAGGAUCGUUCGAUGAAGGAGCUACAGAGUAUGAUGAGAUUGAUAGGCCAACAGUUUAUAACCGAGUAUUGAGGACUUGGGCCGAUUGGGUAGACAAAAACGUCGAUGCUAAUCGCACCACAGUUUUCUUCAGCAGCAUGUCUCCUCUUCAUAUCAAGAGUCUGGACUGGGAGAACCCUGAUGGCAUAAAAUGUGCCAAGGAGACUGAACCAAUUCUCAACAUGUCCAUGCCUUUAAGUGUGGGCACAGACCGUAGGCUCUUUGUGGUUGCAGCAAAUGUGACCAAAUCUAUGAAGGUCCCUGUCCAUUUCCUUAACAUAACCACCCUCUCAGAGUAUCGUAAAGACGCCCACACCUCAGUCUACACUAUCCGCCAAGGCAAAUUGCUCACCGCUGAGCAAAAGGCUGAUCCAGCAACAUAUGCAGAUUGUAUCCAUUGGUGCCUUCCCGGACUGCCUGAUACGUGGAACGAAUUUCUCUACACACGGAUUAUUUCCCGCUCUUGACAAUUACGAAUUUAAAAGUCCUCAUCAGCUUCUUCUUUUUUACACUUGUAGAAAUUAAUUCUUUUUUUCUCAUGAAAUGUUGAUUCUCUUCACUCCCUCAAUUUUUUUGUUUAAAAUGUGUUCAUGUAAGUCUAUAUCUGUCCAAGUGUAGUUUCUUUAAUAUUUUGUACUAGGGGUGGGAAGUUGGAUUUUGGAUAUCUGGUAGGGCCAAAUUGGGGAAGUGGGAAAAUCUCAGAGCCCUGGACUUUGUACAAGCCGUGACUUACAGCUACAAAUUGAUUUUUUUUGUAAUUUUGUACAAUGGAUAUGUUGGAAGAAAAAUAAAGUGAAUAAUAUAUGAAAUUGCAAGUA